AUGAUGGCCUUCGAGUCUCUCUCACCCUUCACCCGGCCACGGUCACUAUGGCUUGUCCUGUGCCUCACCAUCGCCUCCAUGGUAUUGGCUGUCUCUGAACCCGUACUGGAGGUUCUCCCCGCUCAGAUUACUGCUCCCGCAGUGCUCCCUCCCAUGGAUGUCCUCCUCAUUGACGACCGCACGCCUAUGAUGAUCAAGGGUCGAUGGACCAUGGUUCCGCCCGGGCACGACGAGCUCAAGAAGCGAGACGACAAGGCCAUCACGCCGACACCGAGCACAACGGACAAGGCAUCAGCUACUGCCGACUCGACGACGCUGACCGUUUCGGUCAAGGUGCCUGCUGCGACUGUAGACGUGUCAUCGCCCCUGCCGUCACCUUUCGACACCAGUCUCGCCUUCAACUUUACCAGCAACGACGGCGCAUCCUGCCCUCGCUUCAUCAAUUCUCUCCUCACCAACCAAAACUUUAGAAAGUGCUACCCGCUUUCGAUGCUGUUACAGGGCUCGAGAUCCUUCUUUGAGGCUGAAAAAAAGCUUGUGAGCAUUGUGAGAGUGCUCGACGCCACCUGCGGCGCUGACGUCGAGUACUGCACACAGUUUCUCACCGGCGUGGCCGGUAACCUAACGUUGGAUGCCAACUGCGGCUCCGACUACCAGGCCGGCAACCCAAUCGUCAUGCAGGCCUACCUCGGCUUGGUGUCGUAUGAGAUGCUGUACAAGGCCACCUGUCUCACCGAUCCCGACACGUCCAUGUACUGCUUCGCCAACGCCGUCACCAACCUCACCACGCCGUCCAACGUCUACUUCUACUACCUCCCACUCAACAUGACUCUUCCCGGCAGCGCAAACCCCACCUGCGGCACGUGUCUCCGACAGACCAUGGAGAUUUACCAGACCUUCACCACGAACCGCAAACUCGCCAUCUCGUCCACAUAUGCGGACGCCGCCUCGCAGGUCAAUACCAUGUGCGGGCCAGAGUACGUCAACGACACCCUCCUGGCCGCCGUCAGCAUGGCAGGGCUGUCGACGCCCUCGUGGGCUCUGGCGGUGACAACCAUGACGCUGGCUCUUCUCUACAACUUUUUGUAG